UAUAUUUGCAAUAACCCGAAGAGGACCUAAAGAGCCGCUAGAAGAAGAAAAAAGAGCAGAUUCCUUUGUGCUUUGCUCUCGUGGCAAAAACAGACUCCUCAAAAAACUAUUUAUCAACAACUGUGCCCACAACGUACAGAUGUCGUGGCAUCAAGAGAAAGGCGCUGGGAAAGCAGAAGGAAUGGAUUCAACUCAAGAAGUAAUUGAACCAGUUAGCAUCCAUGUGACAUACAUUGAUACGAAGAGAAUCCUUCCCUAUCAAAAAGGGGGAGAUCUAAGGGGAUUCACCAAGCAGUUCUUGCAAGGAUUCUCCGACGUUUUACCUCCCAAUGUUACUUCAGAACAAGUCAAGUUCCAGCGAUAUAAUGCAAGAUUUGACGAUGCUGCCGAACUUGAAAAUGGAUACAAGUUUGAUGAUAACCAAAAAGUUAGCGCACACAUCGUGGGUGACAAGAAGGCUAAAGAGAAGGAGAACCAAACACCACGUAAUAUGUCAAUUUCGGGAGGCCAACAUACAUUUUAUCUGUAUACGACUGAGUUGGCUACGUCGGAUGACGGUUUUGUAGGGAACUCGACUUUUAAGUUCCAUCAACUUACGGUAGGUUCUACUUAUCGCUUUUGGAGCGCAGUCAGCAACAAAAAUGGUGGUGUUAUGAAGAGGAGUCCCAGUGAAAACAUAGUGAUUUGUGGUGGAACUUUUGAGGAGCCUGAUGAUACUCACAUACAGGUCAUUGAUGUGAAUAAUAAGUCACCGAAUAAAAGCAAUGCUGUGGCCCUUCUAUUCACGGACACAAAGCUAAACAAGCAGUAUGCAAUGAAAGGAAUUGGAUGCGGACAAGAAAUCCAAACCGAAGAAAUUUCUUUGCACGAUGACGAAAGCGAUAUCUUUGAGCCUGACUAUUUCUGGAGCUACACCAUGCUCAAACACGUCAAAACCGGCUGCUAUGUGGGAUGUGACUACACUGGAAAAGUGACUUUGGUGGAAAAUUCAAAGCCCGAAUUUCCUAACGCUGAGAUUCUGUUCAUCGCCAAUGCACCUUAAACUGAUUUACACAGCAGAAGACUCAGUGGUGGGUGUUCUGAGUGAAGUCAGCUCACUAUUUGACCAUUUUGAUCCGCCUGUGAGGCACUGAAAUAUUAGAUGAGACUACCGUCUACAUUCGUUAAUCUGUUUUUAAUCAAGUAAAUAAAGUACUCUUAUCACAAAUAGUA